UCUGCCGCGGCCACCAGCACAUCCCGGUGCAUCUUCGCAGGCGGAGCAGCCCUCCUCUGCGGCAGCCGGCGCAGUGCCGCAGGCUCGCCCGAGAGGCUGCUCGCUGCCGCGGGCCGCCCUGCGCGGACCGUGGGCUGCGCCGACGCCACCUCCGAUCCUGUACGGUUGUGGGCGCCUCGGCGCGCCCCGUGAUCCGCAAUCCUGCGGCGCGCGGCAUGGGAUAAUGCGGCCAUGGUGCGCCGAGACCGCUUGCGCAGGAUGAGGGAGUGGUGGGUCCAAGUGGGGCUGCUGGCCGUCCCCUUGCUGGCUGCAUACCUGCACAUCCCACCUCCCCAGCUCUCCCCUGCUCUGCACUCAUGGAAGACUUCUGGCAAGUUCUUCACCUACAAGGGACUGCGCAUCUUCUACCAAGACUCCCUGGGUGUGGUUGGAAGCCCCGAGAUAGUUGUGCUUCUACACGGCUUUCCAACAUCCAGCUACGACUGGUACAAGAUCUGGGAAGGUCUGACCCUGAGGUUUCAUCGAGUGAUUGCCCUUGACUUCUUAGGCUUUGGCUUCAGUGACAAACCGCGACCACAUCAGUAUUCCAUAUUUGAGCAGGCCAGCAUCGUGGAGUCUCUUCUGCGGCACCUGGGACUACAGAAUCGCAGAAUCAACCUGCUGUCUCACGACUAUGGAGAUAUUGUUGCUCAGGAGCUGUUGUACAGGUACAAGCAGAAUCGAUCUGGACGGCUUACCAUAAAGAGUCUCUGUCUAUCAAAUGGAGGUAUCUUCCCUGAAACCCACCGGCCUCUCCUUCUCCAAAAGCUCCUCAAAGAUGGAGGCGUGCUUUCACCCAUCCUCACGAGGCUCAUGAACUUCUUUGUGUUCUCUCGAGGUCUUACUCCAGUCUUCGGACCGUAUACUCGGCCCUCCGAGAGUGAGCUGUGGGACAUGUGGGCUGGCAUCCGCAACAAUGAUGGGAACUUGGUCAUUGACAGUCUUUUACAGUACAUCAAUCAAAGGAAGAAAUUCAGAAGACGUUGGGUGGGAGCACUUGCUUCUGUGUCCAUCCCCAUUCAUUUUAUCUAUGGGCCACUGGAUCCUAUAAACCCCUAUCCAGAGUUUCUGGAGCUGUACAGGAAAACGCUGCCGCGGUCCACAGUGUCGAUUCUGGAUGACCACAUUAGCCACUACCCACAGCUAGAGGAUCCCAUGGGCUUCUUGAAUGCAUAUAUGGGCUUCAUCAACUCCUUCUGAGCUGGAAAGAGUAGUAGCUUCCCUGUAUUAAUUACCUCCCCCAUUCUCGUAUCUGUGUGUAUUCCACUUAGAAAUGCCCAAAAGAGGUCCUGGCAAUCGAGUACUAUUCUCUCAUAAAAGUCCAUUUUAUUACAUUGGUGAACAAACUAUAGACAAUAGGCAGCAGAAAUGCUAAGGAUGACAUGAUGAUCCAUCUCUCAUUCUCUAAGGGUGACAUGAUAAUCCUCCCCUCAUUCCUGUGACAUCUGACCAAGUAUGUGUUAUUAGAACAUUCUGAUGAAUAAGACUUCUCAAUUAUGCAGAAAGGAAGCAUUGGGCAUUCUUAAAUAACAACAAAACAAACAAACAAACCCACCCUCGAUUUUGUGGACUUUGCUGAAAUAUUUAGAGAUGCUAACUUGUGGCCCAAACCUAAUUGGGACCUGCAGUAAAGCGUGAGGGAGAAGCUGCUUGCCUCCCUUCAAACCCUGUUCAGCACAGCUUAUGAGAAGGAGUGUCAUGUCACACCUUACAUUUACUCUCAUCAGAUGCUUCUAAUCAUAGACAUUUUGUUCAAACAGACCAAUGGCUUAGGGGCUGGGGAUGUAGCUCACGGUAGAGCACCUGCCCUUGGGUUCAGUCCCCAGCACUGCUCCCCCACCCAAAUACUCAUCAAACAAAGACAUCAUUGGCGUAAACGAUACAGCAUUCGGAAUAUGCUUUUAGGACUGAUUUGCAUACUUGGGUAUUAAAACAGUUGGCCCUUACUUGCUAGAGUAGAGAACCUCAUCACACAUAUAAUUUGUGAAUAAACAGAUUCAAAUUAUUUACAGAAUUCCCUAAAACCACAAGGUAUUAACCAGUGCAUCUGUGCCAGAGAUUUACUGUUCCUGGCAAGGAAAUCCCAGCUGGACAGUAAAUAACGGCCUGCCUCCUCGCAUCAGUGCUUAGGUGCAUGUUCCUCCAGAGCUGAAGUGGAGGGGAGGGGCCACCGUAACAGCCCAAUGUCCACUGACUCCUCUUAGGAUGGCUGCUUAGCGUCCAUCCCACUGGCCGUUCAGAAAGGCUUUCUCAUGUAACUCAGCAACUGCUGCACUGAGAGACAGGCAGAUGCCUAAGAACAAAUGCUUAUGAACAAAUGCUGAGAGACUAAGAGCAAAUGGUGCUGAAUACUUUUUAAGCCACAGUUUUAACUGUCUUGGUUAAAGCAGCAUUAUUGAUUAUUUUAAAAUCAUUUUUUUUAAAUUAGGAAUUUCAAGUAUAGCAACUUUGAAACUGGAAUGAAUGAGUGUUUAUUUUCUAUUAAUAAAAACAAACUGUGACAAAAA